UCGUCUGAAUGUACCGGAGGAGCGAGUUAUUAGUCCCCGCCCCGCUACUUCGCUCAAUCCAACCUGAAGACAGGGCGAGUCAGCGGCUACAAAUAUAACUGCUAACACAAGAUGGCCGGUUUGCCUCGUAGGAUUAUAAAGGAGACGCAGCGGUUGAUGGCGGAGCCCGUCCCCGGGAUCACAGCUACGCCUGACGAAGGGAACGCGCGCUACUUCCAUGUGGUCAUCGCGGGGCCUCAGGACUCUCCGUUCGAGGGAGGCACGUUUAAACUUGAACUAUUUCUUCCAGAAGAGUAUCCCAUGGCAGCUCCCAAAGUGCGAUUCAUGACCAAAAUCUAUCACCCCAACGUCGACAAACUGGGAAGAAUAUGUUUAGACAUUUUGAAAGACAAGUGGUCCCCAGCCCUGCAGAUACGCACAGUGUUGCUAUCCAUCCAGGCAUUAUUAAGUGCUCCUAACCCAGACGAUCCCCUGGCAAACGACGUCGCAGAGCAGUGGAAGAAAAACGAAAGCCAUGCCAUUGAGACAGCCCGAACAUGGACCAGGCUCUACGCGAGCAACACUGAAGUAUAGAGGAAUCGAGGAGAGGCGUCUGAAUGUGAUCCACAAAAUGUACUCCUAUUCUGUCAACCUUUGAAUUUAACGGACACAUAAAACAAAACAAAAAAAAGAAAUAAGUCCAAAUAUAUUUGAAAGAAAUGAUGAGAUUUACUGCUGCAGACUCCUGGGUGACUUAUUUUCCUCUCUCAAGACGCGUUAAAUGUGUGUUGGCCUUUGUUUUUGUUUUUUUUUUGUUUCUUUUUGGUUUCUUUUUUUUUUUCUGUGUUGCUAUUUAAAUGCAUGGACAAGCAUCAACACCCUCCCCAUGUCUUAAAGUACAUGCAAUAUGUUGUCCUGAGCUAGUCACAGACUGGUACGUUUGCAAAAAUAUUCAUUAAAGUUUUUUUCUUUUAACAAACCCAUCAUUUGUCAACGCAUCUGUACGUCUUUUUGUUUCGCGCAGCGCCCGGCGAAUCGUUGUGAAACGUUUGCAUCGUCGGUCUUAAAAAAAAAAUAAAAAAAAAGUCCCGUUCUUCAUUUGGAAGUUAGCGAAACGGUUUAACACAAGAAAAUAGUUUGAGUUCUUUCAGCUAACCGAGAUAAAUCAGGCCCAGAAUGGACAAAGCUGGAUAUUAUAGAACCCUGCAGUUUGUCAGUCGUACUUUCCACCUGUCUGUGAUACCGAUGUAAUGAUUAUGCAAGUGCUUUUACUUGACUCCGGGGGGGCCGGGUGGGGGGGGGAUAGGGGCAGCAUGGCGGCAGAAGAAAGAGGUAAUUUGUGCUUCGGUGGAAGAAACUUGACCGAAUGAUGAAUGCCGUGGUCUGGUUUCGUCUCAACAGACCACUUCGUGUGGCUUCAGUGUCUGGGUUAGAACCUAACAACUUGUUGUAAAUUACAUUUUUGUUUUUUUGGUGGGGGGGGGAGUUAUUGUCCACUAGUUGUUGCUUAGAUUUGUCAUCCACUUACUAACUGCUAUGUUUUCUCUAGCUUAAGAGAUUAAAGGACGGCCCUAAAACCUUUAAUUUAUUGUUUUCCAGCGGGAGCUUAUGGUAGGAAGCAGUUCAAGCAGCUAGAUGGGAAUAAUUUGAGAUCAAACUGAUAAAUCGGCUCCCCGUGUGUAUUGGAGAAGGGG